GGCUCGAAGUUUCUAGACCUUUGUUACAGCAAUAUGACAUUAGAAGCGAAAAAUCACACAAAUAUUUUUCUUACGCUCUAAGUGAGAACUUGUGGAUUAAUAGACAACCGCCAGUCUUGAUCGAUCCGUAAGGUUCAUUCUCGCCGGAAACGCAGACACACAUAGAUCGAUUUAUGUGACCAAUUGCUCAUGAAGGUCAACUGGAAAGUUUUCGGCGUAUUUUACUCAUCCAUGUUACCUAACAUGCGUGUAGCGACUAAAAACUGGCACAACGGCAUACCGGAAGAGAAACAUUUAGACGAAUUUUCGCUUUCAACGUCAAACGUGAUGCAACAUGUAGCUGUAGCGAAUCAGAAAUCUUAAAACUAUUUCACUGCCAUUAUUCUCUUCCUGUUCAGGUAGUGGAAAAGCAAUAUUGCUAACAGUCUCAUUUCUCAAAUUUCAAUGAAGCCAUGGAAAUAAAUACAAUGAGGCUGAGUCCGUGUCAUCGAAAUUUGAAUCUCGAAACCGCUCGAACAGCUCUCUGCUUUACGAAAUUCAGAUAACAGAGAGAAAGAUUACGUCGUGUAUCCGUCCGAAGCUAAUGCUUGCGUUAUUGUGUGGGACGCGCAUAGAACUCUUGUUGUUUACAGCGAUUAGGAGUCUCCAUCAAAUAUUUGUUCUUCUCGAGGCAGUUUAACAGAACGCGCCACCUUGUUUUGUUUUUUUCCGUGAAGAAAGGAGAACAAUCGCCGACUCUUCGUGACCGAUCACUCGAGCCCCUCCGGGCGACAACGUUCCCUCAUUGGUCCGCAACAUCGUUCGCAUCGUUUGUGCUUUGCAACGCGUUAGCGUAGCAUAUUUUAUAUGCACGCAGACAUUUGCCUGAAGUGAUCAGGAAGACACACGUUUCUCAGCGCGGGCGCACGUGAGAUUUAUGAUGGAAUUGUCUCACGAUAAAGAUAGCGAACGUUGUACCAGGCUAAUGUCCCGCCUUUCUGUGGAGGGAUCAAAAUGUCCAAGGCCACGAAGUAAAGGUGAAACCAGAGGACAAAGAUCUUCUGGUCUCACGCACGAGUGCGGUGUUUUCGGGUGUAUUGCUGCAGGAGAUUGGCCAUCGCAAAUUGACGUCGCUCAAGUUGUUUGUCUAGGUUUAGUGGCGUUGCAACACAGAGGCCAAGAAAGUGCCGGUAUCGUUACAAGCGAGGGCGUCUGCUCCAAGUCGUUCCACGUUCACAAAGGCAUGGGGAUGAUCAAUAAUAUUUUCAACGACGAGAACAUGAGGAAGCUGCGGGGCAAUCUUGGAAUCGGUCAUACAAGAUACAGCACAAGUGCAGCCAGUGAAGAGGUCAAUUGUCAGCCAUUUGUGGUGCACACUGCGCACGGAGCACUGGCGGUCGCUCAUAAUGGAGAAUUAGUUAACACGGAAUCUCUGAGAAAAAUGGUAUUAGGCAGAGGCGUUGGCCUAUCAACGCACUCGGACUCGGAACUCAUAACGCAGGCUCUCUGUUUGAAUCCACCUGAAGGCGAAGUCAACGGGCCGGAUUGGCCCGCGCGCAUCAAGCACCUCAUGCAACUGGCACCGCUGUCAUAUUCCUUAGUUAUAAUGCAAAGAGACAAGAUUUACGGCGUGCGGGAUCCUUACGGAAAUCGGCCUCUUUGUUUAGGGAAAAUUGUACCGCUUGGUAAUCUAGCAAGUAACGAAUCUGACAACGAUGACGAGGAAGCGGAAGGCUGGGUGAUCUCGUCGGAAUCCUGCGGAUUUUUGAGUAUCGGCGCGAGAUACGUUCGCGAAGUAUUCCCCGGUGAAAUUGUGGAACUGACACGAGAGGGCAUCAAGACUAUCGAGAUAGUAGAAAGGCCAAAUAAACGACCACAGGCGUUUUGCAUUUUCGAGUACGUCUACUUCGCUAGAAGUGACAGCAUUUUCGAAGGACAAAUGGUGUAUUCCGUGCGAAUGCAAUGCGGGCGAGUACUAGCGAUAGAAUCUCCAGUUAAAGCGGAUAUAGUAAGCUCCGUGCCGGAGUCUGGAACGGCCGCGGCACACGGCUACGCCAGAGAGUCCAACAUACCUUUCGCCGAGGUGCUUUGCAAGAAUAGAUACGUGGGUAGAACGUUUAUUCAGCCUAGCACGCGACUCCGGCAACUCGGAGUAGCCAAGAAGUUCGGAGCGUUGUCGGAAAAUGUAAAAGGAAAGAAAAUAGUCCUCAUUGACGAUUCUAUUGUCAGAGGAAACACAAUAGGCCCGAUUAUCAAACUACUACGCGACGCAGGCGCCAAGGAGGUUCAUAUUAGAAUAGCAUCGCCACCGUUGAAGUAUCCGUGUUACAUGGGCAUCAAUAUUCCGACGAGGGAGGAACUUAUCGCAAAUAAGCUCGAUAGUGUAAAACUAGCCAAUUAUGUGGGAGCAGACAGUUUGUCUUACCUUUCAGUUGGGGGACUCGUAGAAGCAGUCAGAUAUCGCAUGGAUAAUCGUGAAAGCAAUUACAUUGGACAUUGCAUCGCCUGUCUAACGGGAGAGUAUCCAGAUGAACUUCCUGGUGAUCUUGAUUGGUAGACUAAGAUAAACGACGUUUUCAACUUCUGGAAGCGAUAAAAACACAAUUUUAAUACGUAAAUAACAAAUGUAACAUUUUAUAAUACACAAAAUAAAGUACGUCAUUAUAGAGGCUUAAUAGACAUCUAGAUAUUUGACACAAUUUGCCUAAAUUUUGAUCAUUUAAUGUAUGCAAAAUAAUUAUUCAUAAGAUUAUUGUCUUUUGUAGAAACAAAAUGUACUUUUGGUUCAAUUCAGUAUUUUAUAACUACAUAUUUCACGUAAAAAUUAUAUAUAAUUAUGUAUGUGUGUGAAAAUUAAUCGAAGACAUAUUUUUUAAGUACAAUAUGCAAAUAUUAAUAAUGCUUGAAAUUUGUUCUUUUUAACUGUAUAAUAUAUUUUUUUAUAUUCUAUGAUUUUAUAAGAUGAUAGAAAUGUACAACUCAAGCAUGAAGGGAAAAAGAACGAAAGAAAUAAAUGGAAAAAAAAUUGUAUAAGAUACAAUUAAAGAGAACAGAUUUGUGGGUUAGGAAUAUGGUAAGCUUUUUUGGAUUUAUUUAGUUUAAAUGGAAUUAAAUCAACUAAAAAUAACAAAUAAUGCCCAUUUUGCAUGCAAGGCAAACAUUGAUAGAAUUUCUAUGUCAAUUUUCUUUAUAGUAUCUAUAGGAUAUUGGU